CCUGGUUACUCUCUUGGCUGUUCCGCACAAAAAUCUGAAAGGCAUUUACUCCCAAGGGAAGCAGUGAUUUUUAGAUUUUACUGAGAAGUCAGCGAGCAUUUCUCAACAUUCCUCUCUUUCCUUGUUUUAAAGAAAGCUCUGGUUUUGUUUCAUCUUCAGCCGGAGGCUUUAAUGACACCAACCAGAACCUACUUAGUUUAGAAUUUCAGGGUGGAGUCAUACCCCCUCAUCCCAACAAAGAAAAUCAAAAAGCCAGGGGAUAAGAGAACAAACAGAAGUGCUGGGGGAAAGGGCUGUGGGCGGCAGAGGGCAGAGGAUGAUCCGGCACACAGGCACAGCAACCCUGGACAGCCUCUGAGGACCGAAGACACAGCGGUCCAGGGGAGACGCAGCCAGCCAGUCUGGAGGUCACGUCCAACCUGUUGUUUCAAAUUGGACGGUGGAAAAGCCAGCAUGAAGUCUGCAGGUUUGCUUUGUCUCCUUCUGCUUAUCCUUUGUCAAACUGACGUUGGACAGAAUGAAGAGGCCCCUGGGAAGCAGCGGAGGAGGCCGUACAGCGGAAGGCGGAGGGGCAGCUCCUCGGCCGCCCGCAGGCCCGGCAGGCGGCUGGGGCCCCGGCAGGCGACAGUCACGCACGCGGCAGCACGUCCUGUGCUGAGCCUGGACUACAGCACAGAGGACACGUCUGACUCCUUUCUAGGUUUGCUUGGAGUAGAAUCAAGUUAUAACGUACUACCAGGGAGGAAGGGACACUGUCUGGUGAACGGGCUGACCAUGUACCACAAGGCUGUGUGGUCUCCGGAGCCGUGCACUACCUGCCUCUGCGCACAAGGAAGGGUGCUCUGUGACGAGACUGUGUGCCCCGCUCUGGCGUGCCCCCACACCGCCACCCCUGAAGGAGAGUGCUGCCCGGUCUGCGUGGAUACUGGUCAGGCAGUACAGACGCCUCCAACGCUAACCCCAGGGCCUGAACCGUGUCAUUACCAAGGUCGCACCUCCGCACUUGCAGCCUCACACGGGACUGCUUCUCACUGCACCACGGCUCUCUCGCUCUCCAUGCACGUGCAAGAGUACCUGUUUGUGGAUGUGCACACGUAUGUGCGCACACGUGAGUCUAAGUUACAGCCGCUGUGUUUUCCAGACAAUGCCAUCACCUCCAUUCCCGAUGAGGCAUUUCACGGACUACCAAACCUAGAAAGGCUCGAUCUGAGCAAAAACAAUAUCACCUCCCCGGGCAUAGGGCCCAAAGCAUUCAAGCUUCUGAAGAAGUUACUGCGCCUGAAUCUGGACGGGAACAAUCUGGGAGAGAUUCCUGAGCUGCCAUCUGCAUUAGAAGAACUUAAGAUCAAUGACAACAGUCUUCGGGCCCUCAGCGAGGAGAGCUUAUCUGACCUAAAUCAACUGGUCACCUUAGAACUGGAAGGAAACCAUCUCAGUGAAUCCAACGUCAACCCUUUGGCUUUUAAAUCUUUGAAGAGCUUAUCCUACCUGCGUCUGGGAAGAAAUAAAUUCAGAAUUAUACCACAGGGGCUUCCUGCCUCUAUUGAGGAAUUAUACCUGGAAAAUAACCAAAUUGAAGAAAUAACCGAGAUUUGUUUCAAUCACACCAGGAAGAUCAAUGUCAUCGGGCUACGAUAUAAUAAAAUUGAAGAAAACAGGAUCGCUCCUUUGGCCUGGAUAAAUCAAGAAAAUCUUGAGUCCAUCGACCUGUCCUACAACAAGCUCUACCACGUCCCCUCCUACUUGCCCAAGUCACUGCUGCACCUCGUGCUCCUUGGGAACCAGAUCGAGCGCAUCCCUGGCUACGUGUUCGGCCACAUGGAGCCAGGCCUGGAGUACCUGUACCUGUCAUUCAAUAGACUCUCUGAUGACGGCGUGGACCGAGUCUCCUUCUACGGGGCAUACCAUUCUCUGCGGGAGCUCUUUCUGGAUCACAAUGACUUGAAAUCUAUCCCACCUGGCAUACAAGAAAUGAAAGCACUCCAUUUUCUGAGGCUGAACAACAACAAGAUACGGAAUAUUCUUCCAGAACAAAUUUGCAAUGCUGAAGAAGAUGGUGAUUCAACCCUGGAACAUCUUCAUCUUGAAAACAAUUAUAUUAAAACAAGAGAAAUAUCAUCCUAUGCAUUUUCAUGCAUAAAAUCAUAUUCAAGUAUAGUUCUUAAACCACAAAAUAUCACAUAAUUCCAAGUAUUUCUUCAUCACUUACAGACUCUACUCCUGUAUUUAUCGCAGUAGCAUCUGUCAUCACUAAGUGAGACCCAACCCACAAAGAAACAACCAAAAGUUUAAUUUUCCAGCAGUCGUAGUGAAAGUUCAGCUUUAUACUCUAGAAAAGAGCCACCUCCCACAACUUUCCUCAAGAGAACAGGGUGUUAUUUGCUCCUGUGUUAGACUGGAAAAUCUGGGGAAAAAUAAGUAUGUCUUUUACAACGAACCUGAGUAUUGCUUUUAGCUAGGCCCUCCUAAGUCCCUUUAAAAAUUACCUGUUAUGGUUCAAGACCAAGAAGUAUAUGGCACGAAAAAAAUAAUAGGUGGAAUUUAUAAAUUUAAUGUUCUGUUUAUUAUCCUGUUAAAAUAAUUUAUUAAUUUUCUAUAAGAUCCUAUGCUACAAUUAUUGGUAUAAAUAUACUUAGUGAUUGGCUUUGCUUAGUUCCUUUUUCCAUCCCACGUGUAAAACUAAAACAGCCCUGUCACGUUCGUUUCCUGGCUUUGAGUGCUCUAGUGUGGUCGUUACUGCUCAUUAACGUUAGAGGAAGCUGGAGGAAGGGCAUAUGUGAAUGCUACCCUAUUUUUGAAACUUUGCUGCAAAAUCUAAAAUUUCUGUGUCAGUUUAAAAGAUUAAACAAUAUUUUAAGAUCACCCUCAUUAUUCUUUAUUGAAGAUGAAAAGAUUUUAUGGAAAGCAGUGAACUUUGCUUAAAGUAUGUUCAUUGUCCUUAAUUACAACCUUAUAAAUAUAAACCAAAGGUAUGCAUUCUUGAAAAUUUUUGCUCCAAUGGUUACUGUUAGCAACCACCUUCUCUGAAUGUGUUCAAAAGUGAACUUUUAUUCAGUUCAAUUUAACAUAAAGCUAUUAGUAUUUACUAUAUACUGAAAUGUACCAAAUAUACAGUAUUAAAAAUUGUCAUUAUGUAAUGA